CACUAAACUGCCAUCAUGAGCACAGACGCGGAAAUGGCGGCAUAUGGCCCUGCGGCCAUUUACCUGCGCAAGCCAGAGAGGGAGAGGAUCGAGGCACAAACUGCUCCAUUUGAUGCCAAAACAGCCUUCUUCGUGGCUGAACCUGAGGAAAUGUACCUAAAGGGUAAACUCGUUAAAAAAGAGGGUGGCAAAGCCACAGUUGAGACACUGGUAUAUGAAGGAAAGCCAUCAAAGACUUUAACAGUGAAGGAGGAUGACAUCCAUCCCAUGAAUCCUCCAAAGUUUGACAAGAUUGAGGACAUGGCCAUGAUGACCCACCUCAAUGAGCCUUGUGUGCUGUAUAACCUCAAAGAGCGUUUUGCAUCAUGGAUGAUCUAUACCUACUCUGGGUUGUUCUGCGUCGUCGUGAACCCCUACAAGUGGCUUCCUGUGUACGAUGCUCAGGUUGUGGUAGCAUACAGAGGCAAGAAAAGAGUUGAGGCUCCUCCCCACAUCUUCUCCAUCUCUGACAAUGCCUAUCAGUUCAUGCUCACUGAUCGUGAGAACCAGUCUAUCCUUAUCACUGGAGAAUCCGGUGCAGGAAAGACUGUCAACACCAAACGUGUCAUCCAGUACUUUGCAACAAUUGCAGUGGCUGGCGCUAAGAAGGUUGAGCCAGUGGCCGGAAAAAUUCAGGGUUCACUGGAGGAUCAAAUCAUUGCAGCCAACCCUCUGCUAGAAGCUUAUGGUAAUGCCAAGACUGUGAGGAAUGACAACUCCUCUCGUUUUGGUAAAUUCAUCAGGAUCCACUUUGGGACAACUGGCAAACUGGCCUCAGCUGAUAUUGAAACUUAUCUGCUGGAGAAGUCUCGUGUUACCUUCCAGUUGUCUGCUGAAAGGAGCUACCAUAUCUUCUAUCAGCUGAUGACUGGCCAUAAGCCUGAGCUCCUGGAGGCUCUCCUGAUCACCACCAACCCCUAUGACUACCCAAUGAUCAGUCAGGGUGAAAUCACUGUAAAAAGCAUCAAUGAUGUGGAGGAGUUCAUUGCGACUGAUACUGCAAUUGACAUCUUGGGCUUCACUGCUGAGGAGAAAAUUGGCAUCUACAAGUUGACUGGAGCUGCGAUGCAUCAUGGCAACAUGAAAUUCAAGCAAAAGCAGCGUGAGGAGCAGGCUGAACCUGAUGGCACUGAGGAGGCUGAUAAAAUUGCCUACCUUCUGGGCCUGAACUCAGCUGAUAUGCUGAAAGCUCUGUGCUAUCCAAGAGUCAAGGUCGGAAAUGAAAUGGUGACCAAAGGUCAGACCGUGCCACAGGUAAACAACUCUGUCAUGGCUCUGUGCAAGUCCAUCUAUGAGAAAAUGUUCUUGUGGAUGGUCAUCCGUAUCAAUGAGAUGCUGGACACAAAGCAGCCAAGACAGUUCUUCAUUGGAGUCUUGGAUAUCGCUGGAUUUGAGAUCUUUGAUUUCAACAGCUUGGAACAACUCUGCAUCAACUUCACCAAUGAGAAACUGCAACAGUUCUUCAACCACCACAUGUUCGUCCUGGAGCAAGAGGAGUACAAGAGAGGCAUUGAAUGGGAGUUUAUUGACUUCGGUAUGGACUUGGCUGCCUGCAUUGAGCUUAUUGAGAAGCCAAUGGGCAUCUUCUCCAUCCUUGAAGAGGAGUGCAUGUUCCCCAAGGCCUCUGACACAACAUUUAAGAACAAGCUGCACGAUCAGCAUCUGGGCAAGACCAAGGGCUUUGAGAAGCCAAAGCCUGGAAAGGGCAAGGCUGAAGCUCACUUUGCUCUGGUUCACUAUGCUGGCACAGUGGACUACAAUAUCACUGGCUGGCUGGACAAGAACAAGGACCCUCUGAAUGACUCAGUUGUUCAGCUUUACCAGAAAUCUUCAAACAAACUGCUGUCCUUCCUGUAUGUAACUCAUGGAGCAGCCGACGAGGCUGCUGGUGGCAAGAAGGGUGGUAAGAAGAAGGGUGGCUCUUUCCAGACAGUGUCUGCUCUCUUCAGAGAGAACUUGGGCAAGCUGAUGACCAACUUGAGAAGCACCCACCCUCAUUUUGUGCGCUGCCUGAUUCCUAAUGAAACAAAGACCCCAGGUCUUAUGGAGAACUUCUUGGUCAUCCACCAGCUGAGGUGUAACGGUGUGCUGGAGGGCAUCAGAAUCUGCAGAAAGGGCUUCCCCAGCAGAAUCCUCUACGGUGACUUCAAGCAGAGAUACAAAGUAUUGAAUGCUAGUGUCAUCCCUGAGGGACAGUUCAUUGACAACAAGAAAGCUUCAGAGAAGCUGCUGGGCUCCAUUGAUGUGGACCACACUCAGUACAAGUUUGGACACACAAAGGUGUUCUUCAAAGCUGGUCUGCUGGGUCUCCUGGAGGAGAUGAGAGAUGACAAACUGGCUGAGCUGGUGACAAUGACUCAGGCUCUCUGCAGAGGAUAUGUCAUGAGGAAGGAGUUUGUUAAGAUGAUGGAAAGGAGAGAAUCCAUUUUUAGCAUCCAGUACAAUAUCCGUUCAUUUAUGAAUGUGAAGAACUGGCCAUGGCUGAAACUCUACUUCAAGAUCAAGCCUCUCCUGAAGAGUGCCGAGACUGAGAAGGAGCUGCAGCAAAUGAAGGAGAACUAUGAUAAGAUGCAAACAGACCUGGCUACAGCCCUGGCCAAGAAGAAGGAACUGGAGGAGAAGAUGGUCUCCCUGCUGCAGGAGAAGAAUGACCUGCAACUGCAAGUUGCUGCUGAAACUGAAAAUCUCUCGGACGCUGAGGAAAGGUGCGAGGGGCUCAUCAAGAGCAAGAUCCAGCUCGAGGCCAAACUCAAAGAGACUGGUGAGAGACUGGAGGAUGAAGAGGAAAUCAAUGCUGAGUUGACUGCAAAGAAGAGGAAGCUGGAGGAUGAAUGCUCUGAGCUGAAGAAAGACAUUGAUGACCUGGAGCUCACCUUGGCUAAAGUGGAGAAGGAGAAACAUGCCACAGAAAACAAGGUGAAAAACCUGACAGAGGAGAUGGCAUCUCAAGAUGAGUCCAUUGCCAAGUUGACCAAGGAGAAGAAAGCCCUCCAAGAGGCCCACCAGCAAACACUUGAUGAUCUCCAGGCAGAGGAAGACAAAGUCAACACUCUGACCAAGGCCAAGACAAAGCUGGAACAGCAAGUCGAUGAUCUUGAGGGAUCAUUGGAGCAAGAGAAGAAGCUUCGCAUGGACCUUGAGAGAGCCAAGAGGAAGCUUGAAGGAGAUCUGAAACUGGCCCAAGAAUCCAUAAUGGAUCUGGAGAAUGACAAGCAGCAAUCUGAUGAGAAAAUCAAGAAGAAGGACUUUGAGACCAGCCAGCUCCUCAGUAGGAUUGAGGAUGAACAGACUCUUGGUGCUCAGCUGCAGAAGAAGAUCAAGGAGCUUCAGGCUCGUAUUGAGGAGCUGGAGGAGGAGAUUGAGGCUGAGAGGGCUGCUCGAGCUAAGGUAGAGAAGCAGAGGGCUGAUCUCUCCAGGGAGCUUGAGGAGAUCAGUGAGAGGCUCGAGGAAGCUGGUGGAGCAACAGCCGCUCAGAUUGAGAUGAACAAGAAGCGUGAGGCUGAGUUCCAGAAGCUGCGUCGUGAUCUUGAAGAGUCCACCCUGCAGCAUGAAGCCACCGCAUCAACUCUCCGCAAGAAGCAGGCUGACAGUGUUGCAGAGCUGGGAGAGCAGAUCGACAAUCUCCAGCGUGUUAAGCAGAAGCUGGAGAAGGAAAAGAGCGAGUACAAGAUGGAGAUAGAUGACCUCUCCAGCAACAUGGAGAAUGUUGCUAAAGCAAAGGGCAACUUGGAGAAAAUGUGCAGAACUCUUGAGGACCAGUUGAGUGAACUCAAAGCCAAAAAUGAUGAGAAUGUCCGCCAGCUGAACGACAUCAAUGCACAGAGGGCCAGACUGCAGACGGAGAAUGGUGAGUUUGCCCGCCAGCUUGAGGAGAAGGAAGCUCUUGUUUCCCAGCUGACCAGGGGCAAGCAGGCCUUCACUCAGCAGAUUGAGGAGCUUAAGAGGCACGUUGAGGAGGAACUGAAGGCCAAGAACGCCCUGGCCCAUGCUGUUCAGUCAGCGCGCCAUGACUGUGAUCUGCUCAGGGAGCAGUUUGAGGAGGAGCAAGAGGCCAAGGGUGAGCUGCAGCGAGGAAUGUCCAAGGCCAACAGCGAGGUGGCUCAGUGGAGAAGCAAAUAUGAGACCGAUGCUAUUCAGCGCACUGAGGAGCUGGAAGAGGCCAAGAAAAAACUUGCCCAGCGCCUGCAGGACGCUGAGGAAUCCAUUGAGGCUGUGAACUCCAAGUGUGCCUCUCUGGAGAAGACCAAGCAGAGGCUGCAGGGUGAGGUGGAGGACCUCAUGAUUGAUGUGGAGAGAGCUAAUGCUCUGGCUGCCAACCUCGACAAGAAGCAGAGGAACUUUGAUAAGGUCCUGGCAGAAUGGAAGCAGAAGUAUGAGGAGGGCCAGGCUGAGCUGGAAGGAGCCCAGAAGGAGGCUCGUUCUCUCAGCACUGAAAUGUUCAAGAUGAAGAACUCUUAUGAGGAGGCUCUGGAUCACCUGGAGACCUUGAAGAGAGAGAACAAGAACCUGCAGCAGGAGAUCUCAGAUCUGACCGAACAGCUUGGUGAGACCGGAAAGAGUAUUCAUGAGCUGGAGAAAGCCAAGAAGACUGUGGAGACUGAGAAGUCUGAAAUUCAAACAGCACUAGAAGAAGCUGAGGGUACACUGGAGCACGAGGAGUCCAAGAUUCUCCGUAUUCAGCUUGAGCUCAACCAGGUGAAAGGUGAGGUUGACAGGAAGCGAGAGAAGGAUGAGGAGAUGGAGCAGAUCAAGAGGAACAGCCAGAGGGUGAUUGACUCCAUGCAAAACACUUUGGAUGCUGAGGUCAGGAGCAGAAAUGAUGCCCUGAGAGUCAAGAAGAAGAUGGAGGGAGACCUGAACGAGAUGGAGAUUCAGCUGAGCCAUGCCAACAGGCAGGCCGCUGAGGCCCAGAAACAACUGAGGAAUGUCCAGGGACAGCUCAAGGAUGCCCAACUGCACCUUGAUGAUGCUAUCAGAGGACAGGAAGACAUGAGGGAGCAAGCUGCCAUGGUGGAGCGUAGAAAUGGCCUGAUGCUGGCUGAGAUUGAUGAGCUGAGAGUCGCUCUGGAACAGACAGAGAGAGGACGCAAAGUGGCUGAGCAGGAGCUGGUUGAUGCCAGUGAGCGUGUCGGACUGCUUCACUCUCAGAACACCAGUCUUAUAAACACCAAAAAGAAGCUGGAGGCUGACCUCAUCCAGGUUCAGGGUGAAGUAGAUGAUUCAGUCCAGGAAGCGAGAAAUGCUGAGGAGAAAGCUAAAAAGGCGAUCACCGAUGCUGCCAUGAUGUCUGAGGAGCUGAAGAAGGAGCAGGACACCAGCGCUCACCUGGAGAGGAUGAAGAAGAACCUGGAGGUCACAGUCAAGGACCUGCAGCACCGUCUGGAUGAGGCUGAGAACCUCGCCAUGAAGGGCGGCAAAAAGCAGCUCCAGAAACUGGAGUCCAGGGUACGUGAGCUUGAAGCUGAAGUUGAGGCUGAACAGAGACGUGGAGCUGAUGCUGUGAAAGGACUCCGCAAAUAUGAAAGAAGAGUGAAGGAGCUGACCUAUCAGGUAACUUCUAUAAAAACUAACUUCUCUCAAAUUAUCUUUUUUAUCACUUACUGUACAAUCUUGCAUCUUUAGACUGAGGAGGACAAGAAGAAUGGGAUCCGACUUCAGGACCUGGUGGACAAGUUGCAGCUCAAAGUCAAGGCUUACAAGAGACAGGCUGAGGAGGCUGAGGAGCAGGCCAACACUCAUAUGUCCAGGCUCAGGAAGGUUCAGCAUGAGCUGGAGGAAGCUGCGGAGCGGGCUGAUAUUGCUGAGUCCCAGGUCAACAAGCUGAGAGCCAAGAGCCGUGAUGUUGGAAAGUCUGAUUCUGCUGAUGCCAUCAUGAGCACGGAUUCAGAGAUGGCGGCCUAUGGCAAGGCCGCAAUCUACCUUCGCAAGCCAGAGAAGGAGAGGAUUGAGGCACAAACUGCUCCUUUUGAUGCCAAAACAGCCUUCUUCGUGGCUGAACCUGAGGAAAUGUACCUUAAGGGUAAACUGGUCAAGAGAGAGGGUGGCAAAGCCACAGUUGAAACAGAUACUGGAAAGUCAAUCACUGUAAAAGAGGAUGACAUCCACCCAAGAAACCCCCCAAAGUAUGAUAAAAUUGAGGACAUGGCCAUGAUGACCCACCUCAACGAGCCUUGUGUGUUGUAUAACCUCAAAGAGCGUUAUGCAUCAUGGAUGAUCUAUACCUACUCUGGGUUGUUCUGCGUCGUCGUGAACCCCUACAAGUGGCUUCCCGUGUACGAUGCUGAGGUUGUGGGAGCAUACAGAGGCAAGAAGAGGAUUGAGGCUCCACCCCACAUCUUCUCCAUCUCUGACAAUGCCUAUCAGUUCAUGCUCACAGAUCGUGAGAACCAAUCUGUCCUGAUUACCGGAGAAUCUGGUGCAGGAAAGACUGUCAACACCAAGCGUGUCAUCCAGUACUUUGCAACAAUUGCAGCUAUUGGAGCUAAGAAAGCUGAGCCCGUACCUGGCAAAAUGCAGGUAAAAUUGCUUACCUAAGAUACUGUUUGUCAGAGGAAAGUUAUUGUGAAUGUUAUGAACUCAAAUCUCCUCUUACAGGGCUCCCUUGAGGACCAGAUCGUUGCAGCCAACCCUCUGUUGGAGGCUUAUGGUAAUGCCAAGACUGUGAGGAAUGACAACUCCUCUCGUUUUGGUAAAUUCAUCAGGAUCCACUUUGGCACCACUGGCAAGCUGUCUUCAGCUGAUAUUGAAACUUAUCUGCUAGAGAAGUCUCGUGUCACCUUCCAGUUGUCUGCUGAGAGGAGCUAUCAUAUCUUCUAUCAGCUGAUGACUGGCCACAGGCCUGAGAUCCUGGAGGCUCUCCUGAUCACCACCAACCCCUAUGACUACCCAAUGAUCAGUCAGGGUGAAAUCACUGUCAAAAGCAUCAAUGAUGUGGAGGAGUAUGAUGCAACAGAUACUGCUAUUGACAUCUUGGGCUUCACUGCUGAGGAGAAGAUUGGCAUCUACAAGCUGACUGGAGCUGUGAUGCAUCAUGGCAACAUGAAAUUCAAGCAGAAGCAGCGUGAGGAGCAGGCUGAACCUGAUGGCACUGAGGUUGCUGACAAAAUCGCCUACCUUCUGGGCCUAAACUCAGCCGAUAUGCUGAAAGCUCUGUGCUACCCCAGAGUCAAGGUCGGAAAUGAAAUGGUGACCAAAGGUCAGACCGUGCCACAGGUCAACAAUUCUGUCAGUGCUCUGUGCAAGUCCAUCUAUGAGAAAAUGUUCUUGUGGAUGGUCAUCCGUAUCAAUGAGAUGCUGGACACAAAGCAGCCAAGACAGUUCUUCAUUGGUGUCUUGGACAUCGCUGGAUUUGAGAUCUUUGAUUUCAACAGCUUGGAGCAACUCUGCAUCAACUUCACCAAUGAGAAACUGCAACAGUUCUUCAACCACCACAUGUUCGUCCUGGAGCAAGAGGAGUACAAGAAAGAAGGCAUUGAAUGGGAGUUUAUUGACUUCGGUAUGGACUUGGCUGCCUGCAUUGAGCUUAUUGAGAAGCCAAUGGGCAUCUUCUCCAUCCUUGAAGAGGAGUGCAUGUUCCCCAAGGCUUCUGACACAACAUUUAAGAACAAGCUGCACGAUCAGCAUCUUGGCAAGACCAAGGCCUUUGAGAAGCCAAAGCCUGGAAAGGGCAAGGCUGAAGCUCACUUCUCUCUGGUUCACUAUGCUGGCACAGUGGACUACAAUAUCAAUGGCUGGCUGGACAAGAACAAGGACCCUCUGAACGACUCAGUUGUUCAGCUCUACCAGAAAUCUUCUAACAAACUGCUCGCCUUCCUGUAUGUAACUCAUGGUGCAGCUGAUGAGGCUGCUGGUGGUGGCAAGAAGGGUGGAAAGAAGAAGGGUGGCUCUUUCCAGACAGUGUCUGCUCUCUUCAGAGAGAACUUGGGCAAACUGAUGACCAACUUGAGAAGCACCCACCCUCAUUUUGUGCGCUGCCUGAUUCCUAAUGAAACAAAGACCCCAGGUCUUAUGGAGAACUUCUUGGUCAUCCACCAGCUGAGGUGUAACGGUGUGCUGGAGGGCAUCAGAAUCUGCAGAAAGGGCUUCCCCAGCAGAAUCCUCUACGGUGACUUCAAGCAGAGAUACAAAGUAUUGAAUGCUAGUGUCAUCCCUGAGGGACAGUUCAUUGACAACAAGAAAGCUUCAGAGAAGCUGCUGGGCUCCAUUGAUGUGGACCACACUCAGUACAAGUUUGGACACACAAAGGUGUUCUUCAAAGCUGGUCUGCUGGGUCUCCUGGAGGAGAUGAGAGAUGAGAAACUGGCUGAGCUGGUGACAAUGACUCAGGCUCUCUGCAGAGGAUAUGUCAUGAGGAAGGAGUUUGUUAAGAUGAUGGAAAGGAGAGAAUCCAUUUAUAGCAUCCAGUACAAUAUCCGUUCAUUUAUGAAUGUGAAGAACUGGCCAUGGCUGAAACUCUACUUCAAGAUCAAGCCUCUCCUGAAGAGUGCCGAGACUGAGAAGGAGCUGCAGCAAAUGAAGGAGAACUAUGAUAAGAUGCAAACAGACCUGGCUACAGCCCUGGCCAAGAAGAAGGAACUGGAGGAGAAGAUGGUCUCCCUGCUGCAGGAGAAGAAUGACCUGCAACUGCAAGUGGCUUCUGAAAUUGACAACCUGUCAGAUGCUGAGGAAAGGUGCGAGGGGCUCAUCAAGAGCAAGAUCCAGCUCGAGGCCAAACUCAAAGAGACUGGUGAGAGACUGGAGGAUGAAGAGGAAAUCAAUGCUGAGUUGACUGCAAAGAAGAGGAAGCUGGAGGACGAAUGCUCUGAGCUGAAGAAAGACAUUGAUGACCUGGAGCUCACCUUGGCUAAAGUAGAGAAGGAGAAACAUGCCACAGAAAACAAGGUGAAAAACCUGACAGAGGAGAUGGCAUCUCAAGAUGAGUCCAUUGCCAAGUUGACCAAGGAGAAGAAAGCCCUCCAAGAGGCCCACCAGCAAACACUUGAUGAUCUCCAGGCAGAGGAAGACAAAGUCAACACUCUGACCAAGGCCAAGACAAAGCUGGAACAGCAAGUCGAUGAUCUUGAGGGAUCAUUGGAGCAAGAGAAGAAGCUCCGCAUGGACCUUGAGAGAGCCAAGAGGAAGCUUGAAGGAGAUCUGAAACUGGCUCAAGAAUCCAUAAUGGAUCUGGAGAAUGACAAGCAGCAAUCUGAUGAGAAAAUCAAGAAGAAGGACUUUGAGACCAGCCAGCUCCUCAGCAAAAUUGAGGAUGAACAAUCUCUUGGUGCUCAGCUUCAGAAGAAGAUCAAGGAACUCCAGGCUCGUAUUGAGGAGCUGGAGGAAGAGAUUGAGGCUGAGAGGGCUGCUCGGGCUAAGGUAGAGAAGCAGAGGGCUGAUCUCUCCAGGGAGCUUGAGGAGAUCAGUGAGAGGCUCGAGGAAGCUGGCGGAGCAACAGCCGCUCAGAUUGAGAUGAACAAGAAGCGUGAGGCUGAGUUCCAGAAGCUGCGUCGUGAUCUUGAAGAGUCCACCCUGCAGCAUGAAGCCACCGCAUCAGCUCUCCGCAAGAAGCAGGCUGACAGUGUUGCAGAGCUGGGAGAGCAGAUCGACAACCUCCAGCGUGUUAAGCAGAAGCUGGAGAAGGAAAAGAGCGAGUACAAGAUGGAGAUAGAUGACCUCUCCAGCAACAUGGAGAAUGUUGCUAAAGCAAAGGGCAACUUGGAGAAAAUGUGCAGAACUCUUGAGGACCAGUUGAGUGAACUCAAAGCCAAAAAUGAUGAGAAUGUCCGCCAGCUGAACGACAUCAAUGCACAGAGGGCCAGACUGCAGACGGAGAAUGGUGAGUUUGCCCGCCAGCUUGAGGAGAAGGAAGCUCUUGUUUCCCAGCUGACCAGGGGCAAGCAGGCCUUCACUCAGCAGAUUGAGGAGCUUAAGAGGCACGUUGAGGAGGAACUGAAGGCCAAGAACGCCCUGGCCCAUGCUGUUCAGUCAGCGCGCCAUGACUGUGAUCUGCUCAGGGAGCAGUUUGAGGAGGAGCAAGAGGCCAAGGGUGAGCUGCAGCGAGGAAUGUCCAAGGCCAACAGCGAGGUGGCUCAGUGGAGAAGCAAAUAUGAGACUGAUGCUAUUCAGCGCACUGAGGAGCUGGAGGAGGCCAAGAAAAAACUUGCCCAGCGCCUACAGGACGCUGAGGAAUCCAUUGAGGCUGUGAACUCCAAGUGUGCCUCUCUGGAGAAGACCAAGCAGAGGCUGCAGGGUGAGGUGGAGGACCUCAUGAUUGAUGUGGAGAGAGCUAAUGCUCUGGCUGCCAACCUCGACAAGAAGCAGAGGAACUUUGAUAAGGUCCUGGCAGAAUGGAAGCAGAAGUAUGAGGAGGGCCAGGCUGAGCUGGAAGGAGCCCAGAAGGAGGCUCGUUCUCUCAGCACUGAAAUGUUCAAGAUGAAGAACUCUUAUGAGGAGGCUCUGGAUCACCUGGAGACCUUGAAGAGAGAGAACAAGAACCUGCAGCAGGAGAUCUCAGACCUGACAGAACAGAUUGGUGAGACUGGAAAGAGUAUCCAUGAGCUGGAGAAAGCCAAGAAGACUGUGGAGACAGAGAAGUCAGAAAUUCAGACAGCACUGGAGGAAGCUGAGGGUACACUGGAGCACGAGGAGGCGAAGAUUCUCCGUGUUCAGCUUGAGCUCAACCAGGUGAAAGGUGAGGUUGACAGGAAGCUGGCAGAGAAGGAUGAGGAGAUGGAGCAGAUCAAGAGGAACAGCCAGAGGGUGAUUGACUCCAUGCAGAGCACUCUGGACUCUGAGGUCAGGAGCAGAAAUGAUGCCCUGAGAGUCAAGAAGAAGAUGGAGGGAGACCUGAACGAGAUGGAGAUUCAGCUGAGCCAUGCCAACAGGCAGGCCGCUGAGGCCCAGAAACAACUGAGGAAUGUCCAGGGACAGCUCAAGGAUGCCCAACUGCACCUUGACGAUGCUGUCAGAGGACAGGAAGACAUGAGGGAGCAGGCUGCCAUGGUGGAGCGCAGAAAUGGCCUGAUGCUGGCUGAGAUUGAUGAGCUGAGAGUCGCUCUGGAACAGACAGAGAGAGGACGCAAAGUGGCUGAGCAGGAGCUGGUCGAUGCCAGUGAGCGUGUCGGACUGCUUCACUCUCAGAACACCAGUCUUAUGAACACCAAGAAGAAGCUGGAGGCUGACCUCAUCCAGGUUCAGGGUGAAGUAGAUGAUUCAGUCCAGGAAGCGAGAAAUGCUGAGGAGAAAGCUAAAAAGGCGAUCACCGAUGCUGCCAUGAUGUCUGAGGAGCUGAAGAAGGAGCAGGACACCAGCGCUCACCUGGAGAGGAUGAAGAAGAACCUGGAGGUCACAGUCAAGGACCUGCAGCACCGUCUGGAUGAGGCUGAGAACCUCGCCAUGAAGGGCGGCAAGAAGCAGCUCCAGAAACUGGAGUCCAGGGUGCGCGAGCUGGAAACUGAAGUUGAGGCUGAGCAGAGGCGUGGAGCUGAUGCUGUGAAAGGUGUCCGCAAAUAUGAAAGAAGAGUGAAGGAGCUGACCUAUCAGACUGAGGAGGACAAGAAGAAUGUGAACAGACUUCAGGACCUGGUGGACAAGCUGCAGCUCAAAGUCAAGGCUUACAAGAGACAGGCUGAGGAGGCUGAGGAGCAGGCGAACUCUCAUAUGUCCAAGCUGAGGAAGGUUCAGCAUGAGCUGGAGGAGGCUCAGGAGCGGGCUGAUAUUGCUGAGUCCCAGGUCAACAAGCUGAGAGCCAAGAGCCGUGAUGCUGGAAAGGCUGACAUGGCAGAGUAAGAAACAUCCUCCUGGAGACUUUUGACAGAAUUCAUAAAAUAUGAACUUCCUGUUGAAUUGUCUUCUUGUCAUUGUCAAUAAACUGUGUACUUGUUUAAAAAAAA